CUUUGGUCGGUCCAUGACAUUAGGUCGGUCGUGAGUCUUGGUCUAUACACUAUGGGAGGGGCAGACAUCCGGAUUCUUGAUGCUCCUAAGGACGAGCUCCGUGCCUGGUGGAAUCUACUCAGUCCGACCAACCGCAAGCUAGUUGAGGGCCACAUCGGGAGGCUGCUCCCCCUACUGGAGGUCAAAGUCCGUACCGGCCUCGUUCGAGCAUUAGCGCACUUCUGGUGUCCGGAGACCUCUACCUUUAUAUUCGGUAAGCACGAGCUCACCCCGACAUUGGAAGAAUAUAGCGUGCUCAUUGGAAAACCAUUGGAGUCGGAGUUAGUCACACCACCUUUGGGAAUUGAUUCUACUUUAAUGUUGGCUGAAUUUUUGAAUGUUGGAAAAGAUGAAUUGGGAAAAGUUUUAAAAGCAAAUCGCGGCACAUGUCCUUUUUCAUUCCUGAGUCAGUGUUUUGAAAAAGCCACAUCUUUUCAAAAGGGCAAAAUCUUUUUGUUAGCAUUUUUCGGGUUCGUGAUUUUUCCUCACUGUAAGAAUGCAUGUAGUCCGUCAAUCGCAUGGUUGGUCCAACAAGUCUGUCUUGAAAAGAAUUUUGGCAACACCAUUUUAGCCGAGACUUUCAUUUCCCUCACUAAAUUUAAGCAACAUGUUGACAAAACGUUUCAUGCCCCCCUCGAACUUUUGCAAAUUUGGUUUUUGUCUCACAUAAAAGGGUGUGGCGAUUUACUCACAAUAUCCGAGCUUAGUGAUUCUAGCCAUCCCAUUUUAAGUUAUAAAGAAAAACAAGGAAAUGCAUCUGAUUAUCAUUAUUCCGAAUGGAUCAUUUUCAUGAAAAACGCUAGACCCCAAGGUUUCCAUUGGCAUGCUAAUUGGUUCAAGGUCGAGGAAGCUCGACUUACGUGUAAUGGUGUUGGACCGGUGCCACUUUUGGGCUUCACUGGCGCAAUCGAGUACUACCCUGCCAGAGUGUCCCGACAGUACCAGAUUCUCCAGGGACUCCCUCCGGCGUUACAACCGGAACUCCUCCGGGUCGACUUCGCCGAUGAUGAUAAAGACCACGAAGGGACCGUAGCUCAGCUCAAUAAGAUGUGGAAGAAGUGCCGUGUGUUAAAGAUAGCUCGGCCCGAAGGAGAACUAAAGGGAGAGCAGAAGUCCUAUUUCGCGACGACCCAGUACAUUCGACGGCACAGAAUCCCGCAGGAUUUGCUCCCGAAGAUACCCAAGGUGCCUCUCAAGUCCGCCAAUCGCUCAGAGAACAAUCGCCUCAAAAGGAAGGCCGAAGAAGCUGAAGAAAAGGCAGCCAAGAUAGCUCGAGCUUAUGAGCAAUUGAAGAAGGAAGUCGCCUCCCAUAUGUCUAUAGAU